AUGAAAACACUAGCAGUAAGUAGUAAAAGCUAUCAAGAGGACAGAAGUAUUGAUGCUAUUAGUAAGGAACAAGAAAGGGAAUUCUGCAACAACUGCGGAAAACAAAGCCUGAGGAACAAAUGUCCAGCCUACGGUACAUCAUGCUGAAAAGGUGGCAAAGCUAAUCAUUGGCAAUCUGUCUGCCGGUUCGGAAAACGGAAACAAUUCAAGGAGCGACGGUGA